GUGCUUUUAAGGUUCACACCCUUUUAUUCGUAAAUUGUUUGUAGGCUAUUAACCAUGUGCAUGCAUGUGUUAAACACAAGACAACACAAGACUUUAAACAACAACAUCACUUAGAUAUCAUUGUAUGACUCAUCUUUCAAUCAAAUUAAGAAAAUCUCAUGCGAAAUUCAUUAGUUAUCACCGUCUUUGUUAGCUCACUAAGACACAUACUCCAUUCUUCACCACUCCCACCAUCACCAUCACAAAGAGAUCUACUACUAUGACCAUUGUUCGGGCAGUCGGGCUCCCCUCCUCCUCCUCAAAAUCCCCAUAAAAAAUAUAUUGUGUUCUCGAGUUGACGAUGGUGUGAAAAAGGAGUUGAGGGACUUGUAAACAAAAGGGUAAUUUAUGAGUGAAAUCAUUGUAAAAGGGCUUACUAAAUUUAUUUUAGCAAUUGAAGCCUAUAUCAUUAACUUUGAAUAGUAUGAGGAGCAAGGUUGUCAAACCGGUUUGUGCCAGUGUGCCGGUUUAGCAAGUGGAAUGGUUCGACCGGUGGUACAUACCGGUUUGUGCCGGUUAAUAUUACAAAUAAUUUACAAAUACUCAUAUUUAAGCACGACAUUUAACGUCAAUACCUAAAUAUUUGUACUUGAAUCCAACAAAUAACAUCAACAUUUAACUUUUUAACACAUAAAAUAAAUAAUAAAUUACUUUUUAUCAAAUAAAUUCACUAAUAUAAUAUUAUUUUACUUAGAGAUUCGUAUAUCGAUCAUGUCGGUCAUACCGGUUUUAUAACCGAUACAGGUUGAACCAGGUUCAACCAGUGGCACGCUGGCCGGCGUGACAACCAGGAGUUUACUUGUCUAAAAGAUUAGUAGAGGGGCUUCUUAAGACACUUUUGGAGUUUUUCAGAUUAAAAAAGUAGUAGAGGAAACAAAACCAACAAGAGCAAUGAAGACUGAACAGAAUGGUGUUGGACUGUUGGUAGUGGUGGGAAAAUGGGGAUGGAGUUGAGAACCUAGAGAGAGAAACAAACAUGCAUACGGAGAAAAGAGAGAGAAAGGAAGGAGCUAUUCGUUUCAUUUGCCCUAUACCCAUUGGAGAUUGAGAAACACACUGAGAAAGUGAGCUUCUUUCCUCUAAUCUUACAGAGCAAAAGAACGAGAAAGAGAAAGCAUAGCAAGGAAAGAUAUUUCUCUCUUCCGUGGGCAAGAUGACGAUGAAGGAGAGAAGAAGGGGAGCUCAAUAAAGAAAGGGUAUCACCAGCUGUAACUGCUGCUUCCUUCUUUCUUCUUGGGUUAGUGUCUUCUCAUGGUGGCUGUUUUGUUGGUUAGUGUGGUUCCUUAUUAGCCUGGAGACAAGUCAGUAGCCCAUCCGGGACUUUUUUUCUUUUCUUUUAAAUUGAGUUUACAGUCCAAUGUUUGAUAUCUCUAGCGUCUUUAGGUGGAGCUUUCAAUGGCGGGUUCUUUCAUUUUAUUAUUAGCUGUUGCUGUCUGUGAGCUAUCGCCAACCAAUUUCUCAUAAUUCCCGACAAGUUUGUGAUAUCUGGGUUCUGCAUGCAAGGUAUUUGAUGGAAUGGGUCAAUGGAAGGUUUUAGUCAGAGGGCGAUGAAACCCAGAGUUAACUUUUACAAAUCGUCUUCUUUCUAAUUGGGUUUCUGGUUUUACUACUGAUUCAAUCUUCUUGCUUUCUUCCUCUGAAUCUCUGAUUGCUUGAUUGUGGUUUCAUCUAAUAGGAAUUCUGACUUGCUGGAUAUAGUGAUUUACGCAAAAGGGAUUCUGAGCUCCUAAUUAACCUCCACAGUUCAGGUGAGUUUUCUCUAAUUGCAGUUUAGAACACUUGAACUUCCGAUUUAAGGAUUUCCCCCGUUGUUGAUUGUCAAUUUUGAUGUUGAGUGUUCAUGUUUGUUAGCUGAAUUGGAGUUAUUGAACAUGGGAGUUCAGCAACACCAUUUCUAUGGCACCAAGCCACUGACUUUUCAAUUUCAAGACCAGGAUUCAUGCUCAAGUCAGUCCACUGGGCAAUCAUACCCUGAAGUUGGAAACAUGGGAAAAGCAAUUGAUGAAGCUUGUGGGAAGCCAGUGGGUGGUGGUCAAACUACUAAACUAUAUUCAAAUAUGGGGCCUCAGGAGUUCAUUUACCCUGCUUCUCAAGCUGACUGUGGCCAGUCUGUUGCACGUAUUCCAGUCGCUUAUGCUGAACCAUAUUAUGGGGGCAUCCUAGCUGCUUAUUCACCAAUGAUCCAUCACUCACAAGUAUUUGGAACGGGGCCAACUCGAAUGCCCCUUCCUCUCGAUCUGACUGAAGACGAACCCAUUUUCGUUAAUGCCAAACAGUACAAUGCGAUCCUCAGGAGGCGGCGCUAUCGUGCCAAGCUCGAAGCUCAGAACCGGCUCGCCAAAAAUCGCAAGCCGUAUCUGCACGAGUCGAGGCAUCUUCAUGCAAUGAGGAGAGCUAGGGGCACUGGCGGGCGUUUCCUCAACACGAAAACACCAGAUGAAGAUUCUUCAAGGCACGAGCUCACAGGAUACUGUCAGCUUCAAUCAUCUGGUAACUACUCGGAGUCCUCCGAAGUUCAUCAGCUGGAGAAACGUCGAGAUGGUUGUGCCUCGACGACCUCUUGCUCAGAUGUCACCUCCAAUAACGACGAUGAUGUGGCAUUCCACCAGCAACACUUCAGGUUCUCUGGAUACCUGGUGUCAUCGUCUCGCGUUGGUGGGACUAUUCAAGGGCAUCACGUCCACUGAGAGAGAGAGAGUGAUCAUCUCCUCUCCUCUCUCCCUUCAUGGGGCUCAUUGCCCUCUGGGAAGUCAUCCUUGGCUCAGUUUGUUUAUGUGUAAUUCGAAUUCGUUUUGCUUGCUUGUCGAAGAAGUUAUUGAUAUGCUUUAAAUGCCUUAAUCUUCCAAACUUGAUGGGCGUCGUGCUUUGAGUUUUGCUUAUGUGCCAAAAACGCUUAUACGGAUUGAGUAAUUGAUUGUGAACCGAAUCCAACUUUGUUUAUGGUGUUUCUUCUUGAGAUCUCUUUCGUCCCUUACCGGAAUAUGUGGCCGGCGGGAAGUGGUUCAUCGCACUUCUCAAUAUUUUGCUGGAUUAUGUAUGCGGUUAAAAGUAAAAUGUAGAAAAUAAU